AUGAGUCAAGGCACAGAAAAAGAGGCGGAGAUAUGCAGCGCUACAGUACCUCUGAGUUACUCUGCACCAUUCCAGUCAUUCUUAGAUACCUCAUUCUUCCAAGAAUUGUCACGCUUAAAACUUGAUGUUCUGAAAUUGGGAUCAGAAGAAGUACCUUUAUUCAGUAGUUUAGCACUAAAGAAUGUCUCAAAAUCAAACGAAUGUGCACAUUUGUUUCUUAAUGAACAAAGUUUCCGAGUUCCAAUGGACGGAGGCAAAAAUGAAGAGGAGCUGGAAUACAAGAAGGAAGGAACAAUAGAUAUCCCAAUUCAGGGGUCCAUCACAAAUUUUAAUACCUUUGAAAAGUUUAAAAGCCUAAAUAAACAGGAAUUCCUUAAUGAAAAAGCUUUAGAACUUUUAAAAUCAGGUGAGAAGAAUAUAAAUGAAUGUAUUAAAUUCUACAUUAUUAGUUUUGCAGACUUGAAAAAAUAUAAAUAUUACUAUUGGGUAUGUUCUCCUUCUUUCAAACCGAUAGACUUAGAUAUUAAAAUUCUUAAAUCACAGGAAACAGUAACUAAUGUAGAAAAAUAUCAAACUUGGUUUAAAAGUCAUAAAACCGAAUGGAUUGGUUUAAUUGAUCAUGAUUCAACUGAAGUGGCCUCGUAUAGUAAAGCUAUUGCAAAAACAGCAAAGAUCAUCAUUCUUAGAGACACGAGUAAUCUAAAGGGAACACCUUCAUCUUUACUUCAAAAUUUAUUCACUAUUUAUAUGAAUGAUCAAGAUGAUCAUAUACGUGAAAUUGAAGUCUUUUUUAUCAGGCCAUCCAAGGAAUCCAGUUUCAAAGAGACAUUUCGUUUACAACUAGAAGGUAAAUCUAAAACUGAUUAUGCUCUAUCAUUAACAAGUAAUCUCAAAGUAAGUGGAUGGGAAAGGAAUAUGCAAGGAAAAUUAAUGCCCCGUGCUGUUGACUUGAGUGAACUUAUCGACCCAAUGAAGGUUGCUGAUCAAUCUGUUGAUUUGAAUUUAAAACUGAUGAAAUGGAGAAUCAUACCUGAUAUCGAUUUGGACAUUAUUAAAAAGCAACAAGUUUUGUUAUUGGGUGCUGGAACAUUGGGAUGCUAUAUCGCCAGAGCUUUAAUGGCCUGGGGGGUAAGAAACAUAACCCUAGUUGAUAAUAGUACCGUUUCAUAUUCUAACCCUGUGAGACAAUCACUAUUUGAAUUUGCAGACUUUGGUAAACCAAAGGCGGAGGCUGCUGCUGCUACUAUGAAAAGGGUUUUCCCACUAGUCAAUGCAAAGGGUGUUAAUUUAAACGUUCCUAUGAUUGGGCAUCCAAUAAACAAUGAAGAGAGAGAGAAGAAAGAGUUUUAUCAAUUAAGAGAGUUGAUUAGAAGUCAUGAUGCAGUAUUCCUCUUAAUGGACUCUCGAGAAACAAGAUGGCUGCCGACAGUGUUGUGUAAUAUUGAAGGUAAGAUUGUCAUUAAUGCAGCUUUGGGUUUCGAUAGUUACUUGGUUAUGAGACAUGGAAACUAUCAUGGUGAUGAUGGGGUUGCUGUUAAAGAAGAUGAUGAAAGACUCGGAUGUUAUUUCUGCCAUGAUGUUGUGGCUCCUACCGACAGUUUAAGUGAUAGGACAUUAGAUGAAAUGUGUACUGUCACAAGGCCUGGGGUGGCAAUGAUGGCAGCUUCACAAAGUGUAGAAUUAUUCGUGUCACUGUUACAGCAUAGCGGCUUUACCAACGCUAAAACUAAUCAAGAAACAAUACUGGGUGAGAUACCGCAUCAAAUUCGUGGCUUCCUAAAUAGAUUCACAACGCUAAAGUUAGAGACACCUGCAUAUAAAUAUUGUUCAGCAUGUUCUGUCGCAGUCAUAGAAGAAUGUAAAAAAGAUGAUUGGGAGUUCGUGAAGAAAGCUUUAAAUAAUCGUGAUUACGUUGAAAAGCUUUCAGGCCUUUAUCAAAUGAAACAGAAUAUAGAUAUUAUGGAUCAAGAGUUAUUCGAAUGGGAAGAUGAUAUGACUGGAGAAGCAUCUAUUGAGUAG